GGAUCUGGGGGGGCACUGCCUGCCUGGUCAUUCCCACCAUAAAGCUCUGUCCUGCUAAUUCCAGCUUAAGACACUGAGGCUAAUCCUGGCCGUGCUGUCCAAUCACCAUCCCCAGUCCUCUGCCCUGUUCCUUUAAUUCUAUGUCCCUCCUGUGCCAGCUCUCUCUGAUUUUCCCUCUAUUUUAUUCUUUACUUCUUGUGUUUGUGGAGGUUUUAUCCUCCCCCUUGCCCUUAGGAGCAUUGGUUCUCCUUGACAAUAAUUGGAUAAAAGGAGAAGCUUGGAAACCCCAAAUUAAAAUACACAAUCCUUACAUUUCUAUUUUAUUAACCUCUCAGGAAAUCUCCCCCACUACCUUUUCCCAGGUAUCACUGCAGCCAGGCUUGCAUAGGAACUGAUGGUGACUACCUGUGCUUUUAAUUAGCAUCACCAUUCCCAAAUAAUCCUCUCAUCUGCUCUCAGAUCUGCUUAUUCCUUUUCCUCUCCCUCCUCCUGGGCUGGGGAGGAGGAGCUGUCCCUGGGGACAGAUUUCCCUGGGGACAGAUCUCCCUGCUGACCUUGAGCUCCCAGGAGGGAUCAGAUGCUCUGAGAUGACUCUGCUUUACCUCACCCCCGUGGAGAGGUGCUAAAUGCUUCUUCCAUUCUUUUUUUAGCUGAUUUGGGCUGAAAAGAAGAGGCUGAACAAAGGGACAGAUGUGGUGGAGAAAAGAGGUCCAUACAUCAUGAGCAAACCUCCCUCCAUCCAGGCCAAGCUGAAGAGGCAGCGGGAGCUGGCAAAGGCAGCGCUGCGAAGGCAGGGGCUGCUGGGGGCACCCACUGCCCUGAAACCAACUCCUAAAAGGUCUGUGAAGUUCAACAAGGGCUACACGGCACUCAGCCAGACAGCUGAUGAAAACCUGGUCUCCCUCGACUCAGACAGUGACGGGGAGCCGGGAUCCAGGUGUUCCUCGGGAUACUCCUCCGCUGAGCAGGUGACCCAGGACCUGAGCCGGCAGCUGCUGCAGGACGGGUACCACCUCGACGAGGUCCCUGAUGAUGAAGACCUGGAUCUCAUCCCCCCAAAACCUGCUGCCUCCUCUUCUUGCCCCUGCUGUUUUGGAGAAAAUCUCUCCUGUGUGAUCCAGUAGCUGCACAAGAACAGGUCAAAAUCCAGCACUUUCUUUGUCCCGUGGGAUGGCUGGUGGGUGUCCGGGUCCCACGCCAGGACGGUGGCACGAGGACUGAACGAUGCUGCUCGUGGCAGAGACCAGCUGACUCCAAAAGACUUCUCCUCACUCUCAGCAAUACCAGGGGGAGGUGGCACAGUGACAUUUUGGUGACCUGCAUGUUACCUGGCACUUGGCUGGGGUGGGAAGAGAGGACAGGCAGGGCCUGGCACCUCCACGGGGGUAUAAAGGGAAGGAUUUGGGAGUUUCUGGGGUUGGAGCUAAUGGCUUAUUCCCAUUCUCCUCAACGCUGCUUUGAUGCAGGUGAGGCACAGCCCAGGCCCCCCAUCCCAGCUCAGCACAGGGCUUGGAUUUGGGGGGCUGGAGAUCCUCCCUGCUGCAAACCAUAAACGCUGCCUUAAACCAUGGUCCUGCUCUAUGACAUAGAGGACAAUCAGCUUCUUAUACAGAAACCUUAUUUAAAUAUUUCAUGUCAAGAGACAUGGAUUGGUUGGGUGGGGGGCAUGUUUGUUUGUUUUUGUAUCUUACUUGUAAAAGGGAGCACUUAAUAAACUGGAUCUCAUUACUCAGAA